AUGCAGUUCUCUCUCUCCGCUAUUGUCCUCGGCCUCGCUGCCACCGUCUACGCUCUUCCCCCUUCAGCCCCCGUCGCUGGUGGAGCUGGUGCCGGUAACGGUGUCGGUAACAAGGGCAACACCGACGUUCGCUUCUCUGUCCCCGACAACCUGACCGUCAAGCAGGCUCAGGCCAAGUGCGGUGACCAGGCUCAGCUCUCUUGCUGCAACAAGGCCGUCUACGCCGGUGACACCACCGACAUCAACUCCGGCAUCCUCGGCGGUACCCUCAGCAACCUGAUCGGUUCCGGCUCCGGUGCUUCUGGCCUCGGUCUCUUCGACCAGUGCUCCAAGCUGGAUCUCCAGGUCCCCAUUCUCGCUCUUCUCCCCAUCCAGGAUCUCGUCAACCAGAAGUGCAAGCAGAACAUUGCCUGCUGCCAGAACUCUCCUUCCAGCGCCGUGAGUACUCCACCAAUCAUUGACCAAAAAGCUCAACUAACACAUCACAGAACUCCGACCUCAUUGGUCUUGGCCUCCCCUGUGUUGCCCUUGGCUCCAUCCUCUAAGCGUCUCGCUAUGUUUUCUCGCAUCAUGCAAGCAGCUCUGGUCAUCACGCCGGCUCUUUGGACUUUGGUGCAGAGUUCGACAUACGCGGAGAUGUGGAUUGUUAUCGAUUCCGAGGAUGGGAAGCAGGCUUUUGAUUAG